GUAGUUCUUUCAGACAGAGGUAGUGAUCGGGUGUAGUUAGUGUGGUUGAGUUUGUGCGUGUUCAAGGGUUUGAGUAAAUUUGUGUGCACCAUGAGCUGGCAGGAUUAUGUAGACAAGCAGUUGCUGGCUUCUAAAUGUGUUACUAAAGCAGCAAUUGCUGGACAUGAUGGAAAUGUUUGGGCGAAAUCGGAAGGAUUUGAAGUAUCGAAAGAAGAAAUUGCAAAGUUGGUGCAAGGUUUUGAGAAACAAGAUAUCUUGACGUCUUCUGGUGUCACGUUGGCUGGCAACAGAUAUAUUUACCUGUCUGGAACUGAUAGAGUUAUUAGGGCAAAGCUUGGAAAGGUUGGUGUGCAUUGCAUGAAGACACAGCAAGCUGUUGUAGUUUCACUAUAUGAGGAUCCCAUCCAACCACAACAGGCAGCCUCUGUUGUGGAAAAAUUAGGGGAUUACUUAGUGUCCUGUGGAUACUAGAGGUAUAAUAGACUGUUCUCAUGUGGUGAUAUGAAGAAGCAGCAGCAGCAACAACAGAGAUGGUCGUUUUUUUCUAUACAGCGAACUGUAAUGUGCAUCAUGGUUCUGGCUAAUAAUUCAGUUUGAGUUUAAACUCAUAUGGUGAAAAUCUUGAACUGCAUUUUUCUUUUCUCAGUACCUUGUGUCCGGAUGUUUGUGGCAAGUAUUGCUUCAGUUUGCGAAUGAGGCAUUGAGCAUAUCAUGGGCUCUUGGAAGUGGACAAAUUGUUGGCAACGUUCUCCAAAGUACACUUUGGCUAGUAAUCCAAGGUGUACCUCGAAGUUCGCCUGGAAUGAAAAUUGAAGAAUUGUAGCUGAUACUAGUAUGACCAUUGCAUUUGAUACUGAGUCAUUAGGAUUUUUAUAAUCUCUAGUCCUGCUCUUUCUACCCCAUAUCUUUCCCUUUGCCGUGUGAAAUUUUGUUGAAAAUUAAUUUAUUGGCGAAGUCUUCAAUGCUUUAGAACCCAGUGUACUCAUUCCUUGUCUAUAUGUAUCACAACCAAUAAAGUCGGAAGCUUGAAUGACAAAUAUUGGUGGAGCUCAGAAGGAGGGCUAGCGCAGUGUGCGUAGUGUCUCCUGCCUGCACUGUGAUUGUGGUGUAAUUUUAAGAUGGUUUGCAGACUAUAAAUAUAAUGGAUAAAAGCUCGUUUUAGUGCUAUGUUGCUGAAAGGAUUUGUGGUGGCUUUGAUUUUUACUACGGUCUAAUUUAAACAAUAAUUAGCUUUGUAAAAGAAUUGAAUAUGGAAUUUGAGAAAUUUACCAAAAUCAAAUUUGUAUAAAAGUAUGGCAUAGUCAGUUGAAUGACUUUUACUGCAACUUUGUGUUAAAGUAAAAGUUAUUCAGCUAAUGUGAAAACUGGGGGAAUAUGAAUUUUACAGUAAUCUUUUUUAUGUAAAGCGUUAGUGUAGCAAAGUUUAUAUAUCUUGUUUCCUAUAAUUUAAAGAGAUAUUUUUGUCCGUAAAAUGGAAUUAUCUUGGCCCCGGCCUUUUGUGCUCUACUUCAGGGGGCGAGAGCAAUUGUGUGCCAAUUGUAUACCAACUUCAGGUUAGUCUCCUGCUGGAUUUAUACAUUUUGUACUGAUUUUAAUGACCACUGUAUUCCAGUAUUUUUCGUUAUUCUUAUGAAUUGUACUGUUCCCCUUCAGGGCCCCCAAUAAAAAUUAAUCAAAAAGUG